AUGGCCGGCUGGAUGUGGUUUCGCUGCUUUUUGGGGCCUCAUCUCCAGAGAGUGCACCGUUCACAGGGGGAGUCCCGACCCGAAGGAAGAGCAGGGAGGAGGGGAUGGACUUAUCAACCCAAGAGCCUGGAGAAACACACUGACAGCAUCCUCGGAUGGGCGUCAGCUUUGUGGUCUCUGUCAUACUACAGCUCUCCUCUCCUCCUCUGCUACCUUUACAGAAAAGGGUACAUCUGCAGCAGUAAGCUGGUCCCAGUCAGUCAGUAUGUGGGAACAGUAAUGGUUUGUCUGCUGGGAGUCGCCUGUCUGAGAGGUUGGGGACGGUGGAGGAACUCGGAGUAUCAGCAGUUCAUCUCCAUUCUGGAGGAAACCAGGAAGAACCACACGCCUAGCAACAAGAAAAAAUUGGCCUGCUAUGAUUUUGACUUCUCUCACUGGCCGGCAGACUUCAGCUGGGAAGAAGUUAGCAAUCCGAAGCUGCUGUCCAAGACAGGAGUGUCUCUACUGAAGCCAGAGCCCAAACUGAGAGGGGCAGCAGACAGCGUGCUCAACUCUUUACGCACUCUACCAUGCCACAUCGUCAGUUUUCUGAUUGCCCACUCAUUUGGGAGGAGGAUGCUAUACCCUGGGUCUGUAUUCCUACUGCAAAGGGCUAUGAGACCCAUGCUACAACAGGGCCAGGCUAGACUUAUAGAAGAGUGUGAGGGCCAGAGGAACAAGCUGGUGGCGUGUGAUGGGAAUGAGAUUGAUACCAUGUUUGUGGACCGCAGGAGAGACGAAGGACAGCACGGACAGACUCUGGUGAUCUGCUGUGAGGGGAACGCAGGCUUCUAUGAGGUGGGCUGUAUGAACACUCCAUUGGAAGGUGGAUACUCAGUGCUUGGCUGGAACCACCCUGGCUUUGCAGGAAGCACGGGCGUACCGUUCCCCCAGAAUGAGGCCAAUGCCAUGGAUGUAGUGAUCCAGUUUGCAGUGCACAAGCUGGGCUUCCAGCUCAGUGACAUAGUGGUGUAUGCCUGGUCCAUAGGGGGAUUCACAGCCAGUUGGGCGGUGAUGUCCUAUCCAGAGAUCCAAGCACUGGUGUUGGACGCAUCCUUUGAUGACCUGCUGCCUCUGGCCCUCAAGGUCAUGCCCGACAGCUGGAGGCCGCUGGUGACACACACAGUCAGGCAGUACAUGAACCUCAACAGCGCAGAUCAACUCUGCAAGUACCAGGGACCAGUGCUUCUAAUCAGAAGAACCAAAGAUGAGAUCAUUACCACCACGGGUCCAGAAGACAUCAUGUCCAACAGAGGAAACAACCUCCUGCUCAAACUUCUGCAGUUCAGGUACCCCAAGGUGAUGACAGACGAUGGAGUCAGGGCCAUCAGAGCAUGGCUGGCAGCCUCCAACCACGUAGAAGAGGCAGCGGUGUACAGUAGCUAUGAGGUGGAUGAUGACUGGUGUGUGUCUGUACUGCAGUCGUAUAAGACGGAGAGAGACGUUUUCUUCCCCUGGAGCGUUGGUGAGGACAUGACACUGGAGGGAAGACGGCAACUGGCUCUUUUCCUGGCACGGAAGUACAUGCGGAACUUCGACUCAACUCACUGCACUCCUCUCCCCUACUCUGAAUUCACUGCCCCUUGGAGACUGUAGAAAGAGGGUUGAAGGAUGGAUAGAAACGAGAAGCAAAGAGCCUGGCGAGACCAACCAAUCAGAGGUUUACAGCGCAUGGAUUGAAUGUGUUAUAUGUAUCUAUGGGAGGUGUUCAAGGCAGCUAGACCCAGUUGGUAUUAGAACGUUGCGACCCUGCCUACCUGUGGUUACCCCAUUGGCUCAUAGCAAAAACUUGGCAUUUGUCUACUUAAUUAUGAAAUGUAAAUGUCUAAAGAUUACUGCUCCCUAGCGUUCUCACUACUUAGAAAAACGUAUUAUUGCCUCAUGCCCCUUUUUUAUGAAGAUGCUAGCGGCCGACCGGAACAUCAAGCUAGUCAAGACCAACGUUAUACAGCUACAAGUAGUGAGUGGAGUUACAAACGAACUGUACUAAACAAGUUAAGUCUUACCUGUGAUAGUGCUUUCCCCACACGUAGCCUGCUUUCCCACGCCAAAUAGCCUGAAGCCACAGGGCUCUUCCUCGACAUGGGAGCAUUGCGAACAGUAGGUUGUGAUUUUUGACCUGGCUACAUGUACAUCGAACACAGCAGCUUUUUCGCAUGUUUUAUUUCUGUACAAAACAAAAAUAAACGAAGUUGGCUCUUUUACAAUGGG